AUUGUUAAAGCGAGAGAGAGGAAUGAACACACACACCUCCACCACACUCACACACCGCAGGCAGGUAGCCUACAGCUGAGUGGUGCGUUACCUGAUCAGCUUCUCCGUCUGUCCGACUUGCUUUAGGCUGUAACAAACCAGAAUUGUCCACGUUUAAUGUAUUGAUCGUCAGGAAUGGAUUACUCGAUUAACUUUUCUUUUGGUAAAAUCAUAGCAGCUGUCGACAUGUUUGGAUAAGAGCGCACAGACAGUCUGGAGUUUAACUUUAUGCUCGUCACUUGUCAGAAGAACUCAACCCUGCCAUUCCUGAAGAGUCUUUUGUUUGAUCUCGAAGUGGUCAUUGAUUGAAACGCCUCUUUCCUUUCAGUCAAACUCAUCCCACCAUAAAGCGGAUGAGCGCAGAAGAGCAGGAGAGGUUGCGCUCCCUCUUUCGCACCUACGACGUGGACAACUCGGGCAGCAUCGAGAGGAACGAGUUUCUCACCAUCUGCGCCGAGCUGCAGGUGCCCGCUGCAGAGGCCGACCGGAUCUUUGACCGUCUGGACGUAGACCAGAACGGGACCGUCACCCUGCAGGAGUUCAUUCUUGGCUUCAACGACAGAUACGGAGAGGAGAUGGAGUCUGACGGGGGAGACGUAUCCGUGGCCUGGGAGAACUUUGAGAGGAAGAUGGGUGAUCAGGCCAAAUACAUCCCCAGGCAUGAACAAGCAUCCACGUUGUACCAGAACAUCAGUCUGACUGAGCCCAGACUGAUUCCUCAGCUGGAGAAAGUCAUCAUGAACUUCACCAAAGAGAUCAAACAGCAGAACUCAGAGAUGGAGAAUCUAGCCCUGGCUAUCAAACGAGCACAGGACCAAGCAUCAAUGCAGCUCAGUGAGAUGGAGGAGGAGAUGGACCAACGUAUUCAUGCUGCUGAGAGAAAAACACGAGAACAGGAGAAGAAGAAAACCGAGGCAGCAGUGAGUGAGGUGCAGAGAAGCUUUGAAAAUGAAGUGUGUGAGCUGCAGUGCAAGAUCCAGAGGAUGCAGAUGAUUGAAGAGAAGUACAAAACCAUCACUGUGAAAGACGAGAGCCCAGCUUUAAAGAAGAAGAUCAACGAGCUAACACUGGAUAACCAGAAGUUAAAACAGGAGCUGAUGAAAUCUCAGACUAAAGUGGCCUGUCUUCGUAGUGAGAUGGACAGCCUUCAGACAGAACUAACAGAUCAAAGCAUCAGCUCUGAACGGGACGAGGAGCUCGUGAAACACUUCUCCGACGAGCGAGACGUCCUGGAGAGUCAGAUCGAGAUCCUGCAGAUCGCUAACAGGAAGCUCCAUGACAGCAACGAUGGCCUAAGAUCUGCCCUGGAGAGGUUUACAAGGUCUGGUAACGAGGGGUCGCCAGAAGGCAUAAAGAACAGAAACAGAAGCAAAAGUAUCUGCUACACGUCAUCGCAUGCGUUAAUGGAUCGGUUCUGCCAGCGUAUGGAUGAUUUCCCUCUGUACAGUCGUCGGCCCAGCGGCGACACUCUAGCGUUGGCCAUGUGUGACCCAGGCCUGAGGCGUAGACACAGCAGUGAGUGUGAGGAGGACAGUCUACCUGAGGUCUACAUGGACAGCGGCCUGUCGACACUCAGAAGCUCACACCAAGGCUACGACUCCGAGCCAGAGGUCAAAGGUCCUGAGGAAGAGGAAGAGGAGGUGGAAAAGAUGGAGGAGAGUAAAAGGGAGGAUGAAAUCAACGAAAGCACGAUCGACGGAAACUUAGAAACUGAGCUGGCAGAAACACAGGACGCUGAAUCAGCAAUCGGGUCUGACAGCAGCUCCAUUUUGGACUGGAAGCCUGCUGAGGUCAUCAGUGUUGCAGAGCCCCCCGCCCGAACUAGACGAAAACCACUCAGUGCCAUCAGCGUUCAGAAAGAGGAAAAAGACAGCACCGAUCUGGGCUACAUGACGUCAGAGAAGGCCUACAGGAUUGUGCUGGCUGGAGAUGCUGCAGUGGGAAAAUCCAGCUUCCUGCUCCGCCUCUGCAAGAAUGAAUUUAAAUUAAACACCAGCUCUACACUAGGAGUAGAUUUCCAAAUGAAGACCCUCAUAGUGGAUGGAGAGCCCGUUGUACUGCAGCUUUGGGACACUGCUGGACAGGAAAGAUUUCGCAGCAUUGCAAAGUCUUACUUCCGUCGUGCAGAUGGUGUGCUGCUGCUGUACGACGUCACCUGUGAGAAGAGCUUCCUCAACGUUAGAGAGUGGGUGGACACUAUUGAGGAUUUGUCCCAUGAGGAUAUUCCCAUCAUGCUUGUGGGUAAUAAGAAUGAUCUUAGGCAAGAUGGAGUUAACUGCGUUCCCACAAGCUAUGGAGAAAAACUGGCCAUGACCUACAACACUCUGUUCUGUGAAACUAGUGCCAAAGAUGGUACGAACACCGUGGAGGCUGUGCUACACCUGGCCAGGCAGGUAAUCAAACAUGCUACGUUUGAUGAUAAGAGUCACUUUCAGAAACUGCCCAGUUUAGAUGCUCCGAGGAAAAAACCAAACUUCUCCUGCUGCUACUGAUCACAUUCAUCAGAUCCUGACUCCACAUCUGUCUUAGUUUGGAAUAAGGACUUAAGAGGCAGAAACCUGAUGAACAGCAAUGAGACAUUUACAUUUCUGCAGAUUCAUGAUUAUUCCUUAUUCCAACAUAAGGAACGAGUUGGAAUCACGGCAAAAUAUUUGCAUCUUCACUUUAGUUCGAGGUUAUGUCCACGUGAUGGUUUGUAUGUCCAUGUUUUAUGAAAUUGUUUGUCCAGCAUGAACUCUCAUAAUGCUAUCACACACUUUUGCAUGAGGUCCUAACAUGUACAGAAUGAAUGCACACUUUGCCCUGGCUGGAACUGCUAUGUUGAAAUGUAAGUCUAAGUAAAUGUUGAAAAGCAAAAGAGAGCCAUGAAAGUGUAAGAUCUGAACAUGAGGCAUGUGAUUUUGAUAAAUGAAAGCAUUUAUCUGAUUACUACUCAUCAGUAAAAGUUCUAGUUUUGAGGAUCAUUUGAAGUUUGUUGGAGAACAGAAAGAAAAACUGAAAUUAGUUGUUUACACAACAAAGAACAUCAAACUUUGAAGCAAGUGAUCUGAAAUGUUUGCUGACACAAAGUCAGUGAAAAGUAUGGAGGGGCUUGAAGAAGAGUUUAUUCCUAUCCAAUAUUCCAUUGUGCAAUAUGUGAUGGAGUCUGUCUUUAUGAUGAUAUCACAAACCAUUAUCCACUGCCUUUUUCACAUCGCCAGCUCAAGGCAUAAUAUUUAUGCUGCUAUAACGUCUCACCUUCAAUAUGGAUGUCACAGGGGCAUGAUGUCAGAACAUAGUCGCCCCCCUGCUGGCACUUGAGGUAGUAACAUAACCGUUACAGAGGCGAGACGAGAUUACUGUUAACCGGGAGGAAUAGCGCUGUUCGUGUGCAUGUCUAAAUGUGUAUGUAUGAAGCUCCUGCUGGGUGUAAAGCUCUAGUUUAGCAAAGCUGCAAUGCAAUGUGAAAUCUCUCACUGGGACACCAACAUAACACUGUUACAGGAUCAAGUACAAAGAUGUGAUGACGGCAGAGCUGUGCUACAGCACUUGUGGACUUGUGAUAUAGAAAGGGCUUCUAUUAUCUUACCCCAACAGUGUUACAUUUCUUUUCAAUUCACUUCCCUUUUAAUGACUAUUUCAUGUGAGUGUUUUCAAUUUGGGAAAAUGCUUCAAAAGCAGUAUGUAGUAUUUGGGGUAUAAAUACUGCAUAAGUCAGUUCAACCACCCCAUUCAAGAAUGCACAACAGUAUAUGACUUUAAAUCAGUUUAAAUGUCUUCAUGUGAUUUUGAGUAUGUCUGAUUGGUUCCUGAUAAUAACAGUAUAUUAUCAGCCAUCUGAAGAGCAGUGUAUAUAUGUGUCAGUAUGCUUCAAAUGAAAUGCUUACUCUAUUUUCAAACAGCAUCUCUGUCACCUCAGUUUGUUCAUUUUAUCAAACCUGUCCUUACGAAACCUGUACUUCAAGGUGAUAGUAAGCUUCUCACUCACUCACCUUUGAGUGUGUCUACUUUGAACUCAUGUAAAACACUUCAGUCCUGUCCUGUUUGUGAUGUCAUCGGCUGACUCAGAGCAUCAAACUGUCUACAUUUUGAGCAAGGAGGAGCAAAACAUAUAGCUCAAGAAUCUGCAGCUUCUUAAUGUGCAUGAAGCUUUAAAGCCAUUGAGAUCUUCAGCAAUUAAAUUUUUGAAUAACUGUGUGUGAGUGUCACAAAAGACACGUGAUACAUGUGUAUGCAAAUAAGAUGUCUGAUGUUACUUUAUCAAUAAAACUUUUGUUUGAAUGUUA